AUGCCUAUGUUUCAGCCUUCAAAGAGGGAUGGGCUUGGAUUUGACAGUGGGGGUGAUGGGCACGUUCUAGAUCUAGAAACUGCAGUGAAAGAUGGAGUCUUGGGCGGAGGUGGAGUUGGGGGUUUUGGCGGUGGGGUUGGAGAGAAGUUGGAUCUAAAGAAAAUGAUUGAAGAGCUAAAUUUGUCUGAAGUACCGUCAGUGUUCAUUUGCCCCAUUUCUCUCGAGACAAUGCAAGACCCGGUUACACUUUGCACCGGCCAAACCUACGAGAGGUCCAACAUUCUCAAAUGGUUUAGUUUGGGGCACUAUACUUGCCCUACUACUAUGCAAGAACUUUGGGAUGAUACUGUCACGCCAAACAGGACCCUUUACCAUUUAAUCCAUACUUGGUUUUCGCAGAAGUAUGUGCAAAUGAAGAAGAGAUCCGAAGAUGCACAGGGAAGGGCAUCAGAGCUUAUUGAUACCCUUAAGAAGGUAAAGGGGCAGGCUAGAAUUCAAGCCCUUAAGGAGCUGCAACAAGUUGUGGCUGCUCAUUCGACUGCUAGGAAGGCUGUGGUUGAUGAAGGUGGGGUGGCUCUUCUUUCCUCUUUGCUUGGUCCAUUUACUUCCUAUGCUGUAGGUUCAGAAGCUAUAGCCAUUAUUGUGAACUUAUCUCUAAAUUCUGAAUCAAAAAUGAAUUUGAUGCAACCUGCGAAAGUGUCAUCAAUUAUCGAUAUUUUGAAUGAAGGAUCCAUUGAAACAAAAGUCAAUUGCAUUCAGUUGAUCGAAAUAUUGAUGGAGGAGAAAGAUUUCCGAGCCGAGAUUGUCUCAAGCCAUUGCUUGUUGGUUGCUUUAAUGAGGCUGGUGAGAGAUAAGAGACACCCUAAUGGACAUUUGCCCGGGCUUGGUCUUCUCAAAUUGAUUUGCAUACAUAAGCAAGUCCGAAGUUUGAUUGUGAGUGUUGGCGCUAUUCCUCAGUUGGUGGAAUUGUUGUCUGGAUUAAAUCCGGAAUGUUUGGAAAUUGGCCUUUUCAUUUUGGAUGUCUUGUCCUCUGUGACUGAAGGGAGACAAGCUUUGAGGGAUUGUCCAAACACUAUACCUAGUAUGGUCAAGCUACUUAUGAGAAUUUCAGAAAGCUGCACAAAAUAUGCACUUUCGAUCUUGUUGUCUAUAUGCAAACUCUCCCCCGUGGAAUGCUCGUUAAUAGCUGUUGACGGGGGUCUUGCAGCGAAGCUCCUUCUUGUCAUCCAGAGUGGUUGCAGUCCUGUUCUGAAGCAGCAGGCUGCUGAGCUUUUGAAGCUCUGUAGUCUGAAUUAUUCAGAUACUAUCUUCAUUUCAAAAUGUAAACUGACCAGAACGAUGCAAUGA